CAUCAAAUUCUAGCCCCACCACCACCGCCACCAACACCAUCACCACCACCACCACCAAUUCCUCCAUUAAAUACGCGGCUUCAGCUUUGCAGGUUGUUCAUAGAUUGUUUUCCCUUCCUCUGCUUUCCCAUCUCUCUCUGAAUUCCUACUUGUUGAACUCAGUUUUGCUUUAAUGGCGUCGAAGAGAAUCUUGAAAGAACUGAAGGACAUACAGAGAGACCCCCCAACUUCAUGCAGUGCAGGUCCUGUGGCUGAAGAUAUGUUCCAUUGGCAAGCAACCAUCAUCGGUCCAAACGAUAGCCCGUACGCGGGAGGUGUCUUCCUUGUGACUAUCCAUUUCCCACCUGAUUAUCCUUUCAAACCUCCAAAGGUAGCUUUCAGGACCAGAGUUUUCCAUCCAAACAUCAACAGUAAUGGGAAUAUUUGCUUGGACAUACUCAAGGAACAAUGGAGUCCUGCUCUCACCAUAUCCAAGGUUUUACUGUCUGUAUGUUCACUGCUUACGGAUCCGAACCCUGAUGACCCACUGGUUCCUGAGAUUGCUCAUAUGUUCAAGACUGAUAAAGUUAAGUAUGAGUCCACGGCUAGAAGCUGGACCCAGAAAUAUGCCAUGGGCUGAACCGCCACCACCACCACCACCACCACCACCACCACCAUGUUUGGCCAAUUAGUCUAUAUCAUUUAUACACUCCAUGUGUUCCAAGGAUGUAAUUUGUAAUUUGAGCAUCUCUUUGUUCAGAAUAAAAUAUUGUAAACUAUUUUAAUACACUACAUGUUUGAUGUGUUCCAAGGAUGUAACGUGUAAUUUGAGCAUCUCUCUGUUCGGAAUAAAUUGAAAAGGUUGGUGAGUUUAUAUGGCAA